AUGCCCUGUGGUGACAUUACGAUGGAAGCAGCCGAUCUUCGCGUUCCUGAUAUCCCGUUGGCCUCGUGCGACGACGAGGACAUCGAUAGCAACAAGAAUAUGAAUAUGGCGAGUCAUUUGAUGAGCGAAAAAGCGGCCUUCAACGACGAGGAGCGAAUUCAUGAUGAGCUGUCCGGUUCGCUUGAGGAUCUUGUUGGAAAUUUCGACGAGAAGAUCGCCGCAUGUCUCAAAGAUCCCGAAGUGACCACGGCUGAUAUCGCGCCGGUUCAAGUGCGGAGUCAGGAGGAAGUCAUGAACGAAAGCCAAACUUGGUGGACGCUGACCGGCAAUUUCGGCAACAUUCAACCCCUCGAUUUCGGGACGAGCACAAUCUGCAAGAAAAUGGCGUCGGCGUUGGACAGCGAUUCAUCCUCGGACGACGCACGAACGCCGAUGAGCGCGCACACCGAUGAUAUGGACGAUGAUCUGUUGCGGCAGCAAAUGGACGUUCAUCAGCUCGUCGGACACCAUGAGCAUCAUGGUUCCGGCGGCGACACGCCACCGCAGACCGCCGAUCAGGUCAUUGAGGAGAUUGAUGAGAUGCUUCAGUCAUGCGAUUUCACCGGCUCAAUGAUGACGGAUCGAACGAUGGAAUCUGUUGAUUCGAUGUAUUCAUCGAUGCGCUCGCCGUUUCCAUCCGGUCACAGUUCGGACGCCGACGUGAAAUUGCGAACAGCUCAGAAUCUCGUCUCGAAUCCGGAGAGUAAGUCGAUUUGGUAUUUGCAAGAGCUGUCCUACUCGAAACUAGUCACAUUGUGCGCGGAAAUGGAGCAAUUAAUCAGCGUCUACAACGAAAGUCUUGUUGAUGAGCUGGCUCAUAGAGAUGAGCUUGACUAUGAGAAGGAAAUGAAGAACUCAUUCAUCUCGUUGCUGCUCGCUGUUCAGAAUAAGCGUCGGAUUUUUCUAAAUGAAAAAAAGAGAAAAGGGGGACGACUGGACGCCUCGCAACUUCCGCAAUACGUUACGGCAACAAUUCCAUACAAUGAGAAUCAGCCCAACGAUAAUGCCACGAUAUCGUCGCUGAUCAAAAUCUUGAAAGCGAUCCACGACGACAGUCCAACUGUUCCAUCGCUUCUCACUGACUACAUUCUAACUGUGGUGUGCCCGAAAUCGGUGCAAUGCUAA